AGCUAGUUCAAUUCUUAUAAGAAGCCCAACAUCCCCUCAUAAUUCCCUACUUUUCAUCUAUCUAUCUUCUUCUUCAGACCCCUGCAAGAAAAUGGAGGAUCAAUGUUAUCCACUUACCCGGGGAUUUUGCUUCCAGGAUGAGGGAAUGGAUGAAUUGAGGCAGACUCUUUUGUACACAACCUUGGAGCUGGAGACAACGUUGAUAUCAGCUAAGGAGGAGAUUGCAAGAAGAGAGUUUGAAUUGAUUCAUCUCAAAGAUGUCCUAAGCAGGACAAUCAAAGAGAGAGAUGAAGCUCAGACAAGAUGUCAGAAGCUGACGCUGGAAAAACUCAUACUGCAACAGCAACUGGAAAUGAUACAGCAGCAGAAAGUAGUGCAAGAACAUCAUCAUCAAGAAGUUAUUGCACUUUCUGGGAUUUCUUCAGGCAGUGAAGAUGAAUCAAAUCCUGUUGACUCCAACAAGCAAAUUUCCAGUUCAGAUUCCAAAAAAGGCAUAAUUCCAAGUCCUCAACUAAAAUCUGAGGCACCCCUUCUGGAAGAGGCCUUAAAAUUGGCAGCUAACAGGCCUUUACCAGAGAAAGGGAAGCUUUUGCAGGCAGUGAAGGAAGCCGGUCCGCUGCUGCAGACCUUAUUCUUGGCUGGACCUCUUCCUCAAUGGCAGCACCCUCCUCCUCAACUCCACUCCAUUGAGAUUCCACCGGUGGCCAAGGCCAUUUCUUCCCCAACACCGCCGCUACUCAUCCACCAAGAUUCCUUCAACAGUCUUAAUGCCUGUAUAAGCAAGAAAAGGGGUCUAGAGCUCUGUGAAGGCUCUGAUUCUUCCCCUAUAACCAAGUAUCAGAAGCCAUCUUUUAAUUGAGCAAUGUCUACUUAGCCAUACGAACCAGAUACUUAGAUUUCCUAACUUCCCUCCAUUGUUUAACAUGGAGACUGAAAAAACUGUGUUUCAUUAAUUCUGCUAAUUGUGUCCAUCAAAUGAAAUGUGAAAUGAAGUUCCAUUUUCCAU